GUUUCAUUCGUUCUUUUUCUCUUUGCUGUCGCCGGCCGGCCGGUUUUUUACUGACGAUCUAUUUCCUUGUCUUCAUCGAUACCCUAUUUCAACUACCAGUCCUCCCUCUGCGCCUCAGCCAAGAUGAAGUUCUCCAUUGCUGCCGUCCUCGUUUCCCUCCUCGCCGCGGGCAACGCCCUCGUCAUCGAGGACCCGCACAUGACACCGGUGCGCCGCGACGUGCUGCUGCUGGAGCGCCAAAACGCAAACAACGGCCGCCCCGUGUCCAACGGCGCUUGCUGCAUCGCCAACACCAGCAAGAAGCAGGACGUGUGCACUGUCAACGGCCAGCAGGGCAAGUGCGUGCCUGCGAACACGGCUGGCUGCAACGCCAAGUUGACCUGCAUCAGGAACGCCGCGCUCACAUGCAAUAACAACGUCCUGGAGAACGGCAGGCCCCUGUGCCGGCCUAAAUGA